AAUCUGAAACGUCAACUGGAGUUUAAUUACCAGAAGUUUUUAAAUAUGGCGGAAGUAAACGGAGUUCCAAACGAGAUCAAAUCUUCAGCUCUGGAAUUAAUCGGGAACACUCCUCUCGUCGCAUUGGAUCGACUUUAUACAGGACCCGGUAGAAUUUUAGCAAAAUGUGAAUUCGUCAACCCCGGAGCGUCAGUCAAAUGUAGAACAUCUUUACACAUGAUAAGAAAAGCGAGAGAAGCUGGCUUACUGAAACCCAAGGACCCUGUUAUAGAAGUGACUUCGGGAAACCAGGGAUGCGGCCUAUCGGUGGUAUGUGCUGUUCUCGGACAUCCCUUAACUCUGGUUAUGUCCAAAGGCAACAGCGUUCAAAGGGCACUGCACAUGGAAGCAUUAGGUGCCAAAUGCAUCAGAGUACCUCAAGUCCAAGGCAAGUAUGGAUUUGUGACACAAGCAGAUUUCAAAGCGGCCGAAGCGGAGGGGAUAAAGUUGGCGGAAAAAAGCGGAUCAUACUUCGUAAAUCAGUACAAUAAUGAGAUGAACGUCGACGCACAUUACAGUACAACUGGCCCAGAAAUAUGGAGACAGAGUGGACACCGAGUGGACGCUUUUGUGGCCGCAGUUGGAACAGGGGGAACUUUUACUGGGGCAUCGAAAUAUUUGAAGGAGAGGAAUCCUAAUAUUCUUUGUUAUGUUGCCGAGCCAGCCGGCGCGGAACCCAUUAAAGGUACUCCAAUAACGAAACCGAUGCAUCUUCUCCAAGGGUCUGGCUCUGGAUGCGUACCCAGUCUAUUCAACUACGAGUACCUAGAUGGAACCUUCGCAGUGACUGACGAGGAAGCAACAGAAUACAGGAAACUGAUUGGCGAAAAGGAAGGACUGUUUGUUGGAUUCAGUAGCGCAGCAAAUGUGGCCGCAGCAGUCAAACUGUUACAAUCCGGAAAGUUACCUGAAGAUGCAUGGGUUGUUACGCUUUUGAAUGAUACGGGCUUGAAGUACACCCCUGUUGCUGAGGAGAUUCAGUAG